AUGACAUCAGUGAGACUCGAUUACAGGUUUUUCCUGUACGUGUUCAUCUGCUUCUCCGUCUCCUCGUUCCUGGUAACCGGCAUCCUGGUCUACUACCUCAGCCAAAUUGCUGAUGCUCACAGCAGAAACGCCUGGACACUGUUGCGAGAUGAGCCAGACCAGGUGGCGCAGUUUUGGUCACGUGACCCGAUGGUAAUGCAGGGUAUCAGAGCCCGUGGGGUUCAUCACGGGACUGUGAAGGCUGCAACCUUGACCCAGGUGAACUUCAACGACACCUGUGUUGGUUUCGUAUGGAGCGGAUUUCGUGUCAAGGCUGUCCACCAGUACAAGGUAGUGAUAUCAAAUAUGAAGGUCCCAUCCAUGGCACCGAUCCAGGCAGACUUAGGAAAACUGGAGCUGGAGUUCGUCCAGUGUCACCUCAACCUGAGCACGCCUUACCUGGUCAACCUGACCCUGGUGGGAGAGGACGCUGCAGGAACUGCGGAGACCGCUACUGGGGUCAUGUGGACUUCUCAUCAACUGCCUCCUCCACCAGAUUUAGCGAA